CCCAUUCGCGCCGCCGCUGCCGCCGCAGAAGCUCCAGUGCUCGUCGUCGUCGUCGCCGCCGCGGCCGCUCCAAUCCGAUGGCUCCCACCACCAAGAAGGCGAAGAAGAGCACGGACAACAUCAACAACAAGCUGCAGCUUGUGAUGAAGAGCGGCAAGUACACGCUCGGCUACAAGACCGUCCUCAAGACGCUGCGCAACUCCAAGGGUAAGCUGAUAAUCCUGGCAAACAACUGUCCUCCGCUCAGGAGAUCUGAGAUUGAGUACUAUGCCAUGUUGGGAAAAAUUAGUGUUCAUCAUUUCCAUGGAAACAAUGUUGAUCUUGGUACUGCCUGUGGCAAGUACUACCGGGUGUGCUGCCUGAGCAUCAUCGAUCCUGGUGACUCGGACAUCAUCAACAGCACCCCUGCCACCCAGUGAAGAGAAGUUUUCCUAUUUAGUUGAGAUGUAGGGUUCAGACGUGCUUACAUGGCCAAUUGCCGUUUCUUGGUUAUCUUUAGUCAUGUAAUUUUGCUAUGCUGAGUUGGGAUCUGCUAUACAGAUAAUCUUCCAUAUUGUUGUCAAGGCAUUCCUAUGGUUUUGUUUAUGAGAUCUCCUUUAUUUAUAUUUUGAGCCUGUUAAAUUCUCAUUCU